CUGUGUCACACACGAGCAUCCUCAUUUAUCCCUGGCACCAUCGUACAUUUUCGAAGGAAAGAGACAGCAGCCGUCGGAAGCGUUGCUGACCUGCUUUUUUCCGCCGCUAUGCCGCCUCGCAAGUCGGCCCGCAUGGCCACUGGCACUAGUAGCAGCGGCAUCAGCACCAACACGAAGCCUGCAACGAAGCCUGCAACGAAGCCUGGCGCUGCUCCAACCUCGAACGGGUCACUCGCAGAUUCAUCUGCUUUGUACAAAACUACGCCUAAGUCGCCACUCUUGCUUGUGGCGCUGGCUGCCUUUUAUAUCUGCAUCGCGUCUCUAACCCUCUGGUCUCACUACUCCCUUCCCACGCCCAUCUCGCUCGCCGAGUCCCGUACUUCCGAGCAGGCAGGCGAAGGCGCUUUGUUCAGUGAGGAGAACGCGCUACGCAUUAUAUCCAAGCUCAGCGAUGAGAUUGGCUACCGUGUGGUCGGGACUGCCGAACAUGUACAAGCGGAAGACUGGUUCGAGGCCGAGUUGCGCAAGUUUGAAGGCUGGCACCCGAUCGAAUUGGAUGUAUCAGCUGCAGGAAGCAGAAAUGCAAGCAUGCCACAAAAUUCCGCAGAAAAUAUCAAAGAGUCGUUUGCUACUAAUCGCACCGCGCGCGGGCGAGGCCAAGGCGUCGAAGUCGAAGUUUGGAAGCAGAUUGGGGACGGAGCGCACCGAUUCGACUUUAUGAGCUCUGUCGUCUGGAAGAAAUAUUACGGCAUGAGCAACCUCAUCGUUCGCAUUUCCGACGGCACGGACGAGGGAAAACAGGACGCUCUACUUCUCAAUGCUCAUAUCGACUCGACGCUUCCGUCACCUGGCGCAGCUGACGACGGCGCAGGCGUCGCCGUGCUGUACGAGCUCCUGCGAAUUUUCACCACACCUCCACUCGGAAAAUUGCAUCACUCCAUCGUUCUUCUAUUCAACAACGGCGAAGAAUCUUUGCAGGAUGCCUCGCACCUGUACAUUACUCAACACCAUACCAACUCGUCGGUCCGUGCCGUUGUCAACCUGGAGGCGUGCGGCGUGUCCGGACCCGAGCUGUUGUUCCAGGCCACGAGCGAGAGCAUGAUCAAGGCGUACAGUACCGUGCCGCGACCUUUUGGAACGGUCCUCGCGAACGAUAUCUUCUCCACCGGCCUAAUCCUGAGCGACACCGACUUCCGACAAUUUGUGCAGUACGGCGGCUUGGCAGGCCUUGACAUGGCCAUUGUCGGCGGUUCGUACCUCUACCAUACACGACUUGACAUCAGCACCAACAUUGAGCGAGGCGUUGUGCAGCACUUUGGCGAAAAUGUCCUCGCCAUCGUCAAGCACCUGGUCACCUCGCCUGCUUCGACGCUCGCAAAGACUCGCACCGCCGCGCGAGGCACGCUGCCCAUCUACUUUUCACUCGCCUCACGCUUCUUUGUCUCCAUUUCCUCACACUCGUUCCGCACGCUCAGCAUGGGCUUGGCGGCGUUUACCAACUUCCAGCUACAGUCGCUCAAUCGCAUGGAGAAGCACUUUGGCAUGCUCUCGUGCACGUUUGUCGCGUUCGCGGCGACCAUUGGUAGCAUUGUAUCCGCCAUCGUCACUUGCAAUGCCGUCGCGUUGCUAAUGGCAAAUGUGCUUGGACGCAGCAUGUCGUGGUACGCUCGCGAGUGGUUCCCAGUCCUCCUCUAUGGGCCCCCCGCCUUGACCGCAAUCCUGACUACGCAGUGGCUAUGCGCCAAGAUGAUCAAGCCUGCGAACAGACCUUAUAUGGAGCGCGCAACGCUCAGCGGUCAUGCGCUCGUCUUUGUUUUCGGUCUGCUCAUCAUGAACGCCUUUUCCAUCGGUUCGGCGUACCUUAUGGCCUUGGGUAUCCUUACGAGCGCCGUGGCGGCUUUCGUCAACGACAUGUUCUUCAUCGGCUUUCAGCAGCUUGAGGAGCGUCGUGUUGCCGUCGACAAUCGCGUACACCAUUGGACUUACUUUAUCAUCGCCGUCAUCCCUGCUUGUGUUGGAACAGAGGGCCUCGUGUCCUUCCUUGAUCUCUUUGUUCCGCUGACCGGACGUAUGGGCGAGGUUUCGCCUGCCGACAACAUCAUCGGAACUAUCGUCGCGGCCCUGACAUUUUUGUGUUUGCCAAUGAGCAUGCCGCUCGCCCAUCGCUUCGGCUCAGCUGCGCUGAAAAAGACCAUCGUCGUUCUGCUCGGUGUUUCUGUCCUAUCGAUUAGCAUUUUUGCCACCAGGUCGCCGUUCGACAAGUGGCAUCCUAAGCGCCUGUUCGUUCAUCAAUCUCAAAAUAUCACGUCCGGCGAAUGGUUCAUGAACCUGGGUUCUGCGGAUCCUGCGCCUGGCAUGCGGAGAUUAGUGGACGAUGUGCAUACACUCCUCGGUUUACCCUCUGAGCCGGCACAGCUGAAGGAGAUGUCAGAGUACAAUGUGGACUUUGACAUCCUCUAUCCUGUUUCCGCUUUCCUGACGCCAUACAAGUUCCGCAUGGAGACGCCAGUGCUGAGUGGAGCCGAGCAGCACCCGAACUUCCGUGUUCAGGCCUUCGAUGAGGUGCUCGAUUUGCAGGCCGGCACGCGCAGUCUGACGCUGCAGAUCGACCACCCAGGGCUCAUCUGGUCUGUCGUCGCUUUUGAUGCAGACAUUCUCGAAUGGGACUUGCCGUCGGACCCGCCCAAGGGUCGACAGCGGCACCACAUCAAAGAAGUCUCGCGGCAUGGCACUUCGCAGUGGACCAUCAAGCUUUUGCUGAGGAUGGACGACGCUGCGCUCGAGGCCGCACGGAAGCGGGGAAAUGACAAGAGUGCGUUUGGGAAGGUCAUCAAGGUGGCACCCGGGCAUGGCGACCAGGCCGCCAGCGCUGAGCGUGAUCCGUCACGUCUGUGGAUUGACUUUAGCGGCCUCGACGAGCGAGGAAUGUUCCCCAGUAAUAGAGAUAGACAAUCUGCCAACAUUGCCAACUUUGCGCGCAUGGACGCGGCCCUACAAGAGCACCACCCAGAAGUAGACGCGAUGCUCCUGACUGUUGUCGCUGGCGUUGCCGUUUGUUAAGUGUGGGUAACUAUUUGUGUAGAUAAGAUGCCCACCUGCUAGAUAUGAUACCCAAUAGAAGGGUGCAAUAUGAG